GGGCAUCUUCAGAUGAUAUUUCCCCUAUUUCAGACCAUUCGGGUCCCAAAGAUCCUCAAAAUGGUUACAAGCAAUCUCCCAUUUAGGUAGCAAUCUUCCUACCUCUGGGCAUAUACUAUCAACACAUUGUACCCUAAUUGGACAUUGCCAGUCCCUACUAGCACUUGCUUUGAUUUGCCUCUGUUCCAGUUGCUCCAGCGGUUUUAUUCCACUCCACAGUGGAUCCUUUCACACUGCCCCGUGCGAGUGGCCAAGGUGCCGCGUUGGGCAGGCGAGCACCGAGACUGGCUGCUCUUGCCAAUCUUAAAGAUAGGUGACAACUUUCCCUCUGCUGAAGAAGAUGCCGCACCCACCAAUGGAUCACACCCAAAGGCUGGCAGGUUGCAAAGGAAUGAAAACAGCGCCAUCUCGGGGCGAGGUGGCGCUCUAAGGUGCGGGCCGACGCGCUUGUCGCUUCCGCUCGUGACGUGCGCAGGCGCACAGGACUCUUCCGCCACGCUGAUGCCCUCCUUGGCGCCUGCGAGGUUGGGAUGCUGCAGCUUGCCUUAGGUCGCCGUGCUCGGCCUCUGUUAGACUCCUGUGUGGUUCCACAAUGCCUAAGAAAGCCGGUGCGACAAGCAAGGCCAGUGGCAAGCCCCGUGAUAUGGAGAGGGUGGGCCACGGGGCUACACUGGCGGGGAACUGAAUCAGCGCCUGGAGGGCGGAAGACCUCCCUUCGGGUUCAGAGUAAAAACAAAACCAAGGAACCAGAGACACCACCUCCAGCAGGGCCUGUAGCAACUAAUCCUAAAGGUUUUGUUACCAUAGCCAUCCAUGCCAAACCCGGCUCCAAACAGAAUGCUGUGACAGAUCUGAGCACUGAGGCCGUUGGUGUGGCCAUCGCGGCACCUCCAUCUGAGGGAGAGGCAAAUGCAGAACUCUGUCGGUACCUGUCCAAGGUCUUAGACCUCAGGAAGAGUGACGUGGUUCUGGAUAAGGGUGGUAAAUCUCGAGAAAAGGUGGUGAAGCUUUUGGCUUCUACAACUCCAGAGGAGGUCUUGGAGAAGCUGAGAACCGAAGCUGAAAAGAAAUAAAGGCGAGAAAAGGCGAGCACCUCCUCGUGAGGCGCUCAUGAGGGUAGCGGGGGCACAGAGGAAAGGGCAGCGGUGCCCAGUGCGGAGAACGAAAUACAUACAGAAGAUCGGACUCAAAUAAAAGUAGAAGGUGUACGGCUAUACAGUAAACGCAGGCUCUCAAACCCCUCACCGUGGGAGCUGGAACCGGAGCCGGAGCCGGCUCAGCGGCUGAGAGCAGUUGCUGCUCCUCCAGGGCACCGGGGCUCAGCUCCCACAGUGACACUGGAGGACUCACACAAUCUCCAGUGUCCCGACAUGCUUUUCUGGCCUCUGAGGUACUUGCAGACCAUGUAUGUACAUCCAAGGUACACACACACACACACACACACACACACACACACACAACACUAAAUAAACCUUUAAAACCUCUGAGUGCAAA